ACUUACACACGCCCCAAACCCAUGUGUACAUAUCUAUCGAAAUGCAGAUGCAGAUGCAGCACAAAAACCAAUGCCCACCCGUUGUACACAUGUAUGUGCACGUACCCAGUUUACAUAGCUGUGUAUGUAACCAAGUGCAAGUCCACUUCACUUAUGCUGCCCAUGCACAUGAUGCCGACGACGACUCGCUAGCCCCCCGCUGGACCACCACACGACCACUUCGGUCCCAGAUACAGAUUGCACUCGACAAAACCAGACGGCUCGCCAAGAGGCCACAGCCGUGCGUACCGUCGCCAGCCAUAUUAAUCCUCGCAGGCGCGCACGGCGCGGCUACCCUGAUAAUUCACGCCUUCUUCCGCACCCGGAUCACGUCGUCCAAGUGGGCCCGUUGGGAAAAGGUGGGGCCAGGGCAUGCGUCAUGCAACACCGUGAGCGAACUAGACGCCCUGCCGAUCUACGAACCUAGGUUCCUCGCUUCAUCGCCUAUGUACACACUAUGUACCCUCCUAGCUACUGUGUGUACUACAUGCCCCAUCACCCAUCUUUUAUGCACUCCCACCCCGACACCCGUCCAGACCGAGUCUUCUGCACCCUGGCCCACCCACGCCUUGACGUGUAUACAGCUAGGCUGCACGCUGCCACGUCCACCCACUCUGUCGGCCACAGAGUGGGAAUGUGGAACAAAGGAUUCGUUCCCAUGGGGCCUUCUGCAUAAGACACUGCUGCCAUCUGCAAAGACUCGCCCACUCAGUCCAUUCACAUCUUUAUUGCCAACCCGGAACCUACUCCUUCAUCCCACUCUGCCAAUCCCAGCACGGAACAACCACCUUCACCGUCCCCUUGGCCACCCUCUAUCAACGUCGGCUCCGUCCCGAGCACAGCCGCUCGGGUAUAAUCCCUAAGCGACCAAACAGGCCAAUGCCAUAGAGCCACCACAUUGGUCUACGCAUAUACGGGCCCAUCUCAACGGCAAUAAGCUCUCUGCUAAGCGCCCCAUCUGCCGGCACAUGUCGGUAUGCCGAAUCUGCAACCACACAUACUAUACAUACAUACACAUACCUACGUAGCUGAUAGCGGA